UUUUCAAAAGCGGAUCUCCUGGAGAUCAUACAAAUUAAGUGAGAAGAACCUAAAAUACUCCAUAUCCUACUCUAGCAGCCUCUAAAAUUUCAGAAAAUUCAGAAAACAAAUUAUUUCUUAAAUUUAUCCGAAUAGCUCAUUUUUGAGAAGGAGAGAAAAGACAUAACAAGAUUAAUAAACUUUGGCUAUGAGGCAUCAUCAUGGAGUUCAUUCAGACUUAAAGAAAUUUAUCAGAAGAGGCAGUAAAAGUCUUACAAUUAUUACAAGAGGGUUCAGGAAGACCCCCUGCCAUCCUCAGUCAUGAAUGAACUAAAUUCCUAAGUAUCCAUACACUUUCUGGGUGCCAGUUUCUCAUAUCAUCAAGGACUUGGAGUUGAUGAUGAAAUAAUAAAAUUUGUUAAUCUUAAUGACGAGAUUACUGUAGAUCGCUAAUUAUAGCCAAUGGACUCUUAGGUAUAACCGAAGCUAAUAGCCAACUGUAUAGAUAAGGAAUGUUCUACAAAUAGAGUGCAAAUGGAAAUAUUGCAAUUUGAUAACUCAUUUGAGAAUACAUUCAUUAUGAGGAGUGAAAUGAAUUAAUCAAGCUAAUACGAAAAUGAAAGAGAGCCUCAAGAAUGCUCUUUCUUGACCAAAAAUCAUAGCAAUUAUGAAAGAUGAAUUAUGUUUCACCCACCAUUAAGAUUCCUG